UGUGCCGCUCUAACUGUCCCUCGCUGCGCCCCGUAGCCGCGCCGGCGCCAAGAUGGCGGCGCUGACGAGUGGCUGGUGGUCGUGCCGGGGGCCGCGGGGGCCGGAGCGGAGCUGUCGCGGCUGAAGUCCCCAGCGCCUUUCGAGGUUCGGCCUGCCGCUACGACCUCAGCCUGUGGCCACACAGGUUCCAGCCUGGGGGCAGUCCGGGCUGCCGGGUCAUGCUGCGAGGCGCAGCGCUCCGCCGCCGCCGCCGCCGCUGAGCUCGCGGGCCGCGCCCGGCUCGGACGUGUACCGGGAAGAUGUUCUCCGCGCUGAAGAAGCUGGUGGGGUCGGAGCAGGCCCCGGGCCGGGACAAGAACAUCCCCGCUGGGCUGCAGUCCAUGAACCAGGCGCUGCAGAGGCGCUUUGCCAAGGGGGUGCAGUACAACAUGAAGAUAGUGAUCCGGGGAGACAGGAACACAGGCAAGACCGCACUGUGGCACCGGCUGCAGGGCAAGAAGUUCGUGGAGGAGUACAUCCCCACACAGGAGAUCCAGGUCACCAGCAUCCACUGGAGCUACAAGACCACGGAUGACGUAGUGAAAGUUGAAGUCUGGGAUGUGGUCGAUAAAGGAAAAUGCAAAAAGCGGAGUGACGGCUUGAAGACAGAGAAUGACCCCCAGGAGGCGGAGUCCGAAAUGGCCCUGGAUGCUGAGUUCCUGGACGUGUACAAGAACUGUAACGGGGUGGUCAUGAUGUUUGACAUCACCAAGCAGUGGACCUUCAAUUACAUCCUCCGAGAGCUUCCCAAAGUGCCCACCCAUGUGCCGGUGUGUGUGCUGGGCAACUACCGUGACAUGGGCGAGCACCGCGUCAUCCUGCCCGACGACGUGCGUGACUUCAUCGACCACCUGGACAGACCCCCAGGCUCCUCCUAUUUCCGAUACGCAGAAUCUUCCAUGAAGAACAGCUUUGGCCUGAAGUACCUGCAUAAGUUCUUCAACAUCCCGUUCCUGCAGCUGCAGCGGGAGACACUGCUGCGCCAGCUCGAGACCAACCAGCUGGACAUUGACGCCACACUGGAGGAGCUGUCAGUGCAGCAGGAGACCGAGGACCAGAACUACGGCAUCUUCCUGGAGAUGAUGGAGGCCCGGAGCCGUGGCCACACGUCCCCACUGGCUGCCAAUGGGCAGAGCCCAUCCUCAGGCUCCCAGUCCCCAAUUGUGCCUCCAAGCACCAUCUCCACAGGGAGCUCCAGCCCCAGCACACCCCAGCCCGCCCCCCCACUGCCCCUCAGUGCCCCCGCAGCCUGCCCCCCUGCAGCAUCCACCUGCCCCGUGCCCCCUGUGGAGGCCCCACCACCCCUUGUACACCCCCCAGCCCCCGUCCCGCCCCCACCACAACGGCGUAGCAUCAUUUCCCGGCUAUUUGGGACCUCCCCAGCGGUGGACGCUGCCCCCCCACCUCCAGAGCCAGCCCCAGCAGCAGAGGUACCAGCAAGGGUCCAGAAUGUGGAGGACUUUGUUCCUGAAGAUGGCCUUGACCGCAGCUUCCUGGAGGACGCUGCUCAGCCUAAGAACGAGAAGAAGGUUGGAGCCAGGAACCCACAGCAGGACAGCGACAGCGACGGUGAGGCCUUGGGUGGGAACCCAAUGGUGGCAGGUUUCCAGGACGACGUGGACCCUGAGGAUCAGCCUUCCAGCAGGCCCUCGCUGCCCUCAGGCCCCGUUCCCAGCAAAGAUGUCAGCCUCUCAAGUGAGGAGGAGGUGGCUAGUCACCCCAGCACCCCCAGCACAGCUGCCCUGGCUCCCCAGCAGUGCUUGGAGCCAGAGACAAAACGGUCUUCCACCAAGGCUGUGCAGCCACAGAGAAAGGCAGCGCCCACGCGAGCCCUGGCGCCCCCCCAGCCGAGCUCGGGGUCCGAGCAGCCUGGCAGUACCCCACGCCCUAUGGAGGGCACCUCAAGAAGGCCUGCCGAGGGGAAGGAGACACCGGCCUCAUCAUCGGAGAGUGACCCCGAGGGGCCCAUUGCCGCGCAGAUGCUGUCCUUCGUCAUGGAUGACCCAGACUUUGAAAGUGAGGAGUCAGAUGCGCAGCGCAGAGUGAACGAAUUUCCCACAAGAGAGGACCCCUCUGACAUGAGUGACGAGGACACCAGGUCCGCCCAGCCACCUGUGCCCCCGGCAACGCGGCCCCCUGUCGCCUCCUUCAGACCAAAGAACGACGUUGAUCUCUUCGGGCUGGGGCUGGAAGAGCCAGGCCCCAAGGACAGCAGUGAUGAAGAGAAGGGCAGCAAGCCGGCCUCCAAGGAGAAGAAGAAGAAGAAGAAGAAGAGCAAAGAGGAGGAAGAGAAGGCCGCCAAGAAGAAGAGCAAACACAAGAAGAGCAAGGACAAGGACGAGGCCAAGGAGGAGCGGCGGAAGAAGCGGAAGCCGCCCCGCAGCAAGGAGCAGAAGGCUGCAGACGAGCUGGAGGCUUUCCUUGGGGGCGGGGCCCCCACUGGCCGCCACCCAGGGGGUGGGGACUAUGAGGAGCUGUAGGCCUGUGCAGCUGACCUCCCUGGGGGACUGAGGAGGCCACCACCUGCGCCCAGCCCCAGAACUACCCCUGCCGCUGCCACCUGGCCCCUGUGGCCGUAGCCGGCCUGUCCUGCAUUUGCUUCCUGCUGGAGGAGGCCCUGGGCUGGGUGCUGCAGGUGCUGGGCCUCAGGCCAGCACGAGCCUGCUAUGCAGGGAGGAGAGGGACGGCAGGGCUGCCGCUGGCAGGGCAGACGCCUGGCCCUUCCCAGACAGGGCCAAGGCCAGCCCCCAGCAUUUCUCAGGGAUGUCACAGGCCGAGGAAGGACCCAUGAGGGUCGUUUACAGAGGCAGGGCACGGGGCUGCCCAGCUACUCAAAACAUCUACUCCCUGCCCACCCCUGCUUGCCUCCCAGGCCGUGGGGCCACAGCAUGCCAUGGGCUCAACUGCUGCUGCCAGGCUUGGGCUGUAGACCACGGCUCCACGUGCACUGCGGGUGCUGUGGCCCCUGCCCUGCGUGCUCCUGGGCCUGUGCCUGCCGAGGCUGGCAGGAGCAGAGCAGCAGCCGCAGCCUCUCCUGGGAGUGGGGUUGGGCAGCAGACGCCACCACCACACUCCACUCGACCAUAAAGCUCUUGGGUUUUAUUGC